UUAUGUUUGUAAAUGAAGAAACGUGAGGUGUAAAAACUUCAUCAAAUACUUUAUUUUACAGGCUCUUAGCCUUGAAAUACUUCUUGAAUGUCUUCCACUACUUGUUACCAAGACAGGGAUGCUAUUCGAGUUAAAGCUUUGCUGGAAAGUGUUCAAGGAAGGGAGAUUAGAUGCUUUGCUGUAGAUCCUAAUAUCACAUCUUUUGCGAAUCUCAACCAGCUAUUAGCCAGGGCCUUCCAGUUAUCUGGUGAAUUUGAGAUAUCCUAUCAAYUGCCGCAGUCAAAUGAAACUGGACGAAGACCAGAUGUUUUUGUAUCWUUAACAUCGGAUUUUGAUUUGGAUGCUGCUUUCCUUAGUGCUUCUCUACCUUACCUAUCAUUAAAGGUUGAUCCUCUACUUAGCCCAGAUAGUGAAAAUGCAGACUGGUCUAUCCUUGAUAUAUCAGAGGCCCCWCCUCCCAAUAAUGUCCUCUCUUCAAGAAUCACACCGACAGUUCCYUUCCAUAUAUCUCUCAAACAUCAAAUGGAAAAAACACUUCAACAAAUUUCAAAAGCCUUCUCCACAGCACCUCGCAAAGGCCCYCUAAAAGAACAUGAUUGGUUCCAAUACCUUGAUUGCGAGGGACGUUUGAUUUACCCCGAAGAAUUUGUAACCACUGUUUUCCAUUGUGGAAUAGAACAGUCAUUAAGAAAAGAGGUCUGGCCUCAUCUUCUUCACGUUUUCCCUCCAGAUUUAACCAGUGAUGAGAAAGAGAGAUAUAUACUCAUGAAAUCCAGGGUGUUUUGGCAUCUGAAGAGCGAAUGGCAAGCUCAGGACUCUAAAAGCACUGAAUCGCUGUCCCAUAUGAUACGCAAAGAUGUUGUACGGACAGACAAAGCAUGUUCCUACUUUGAAGUAGGCGAGGACCAUCCUCAUAUUGAAUCAUUGUUUAAUAUUUUAAUGACAUAUGCUGUAGCCAAUCCAGAUGUGUCUUACGUACAGGGAAUGAGCGACCUUGCAUCACCAUUGCUUGUUGUUCUUGAUGACGAAGCACUUGCCUAUACUUGUUUUUGUUCAUUAAUGUACAGGAUGAAAUCKCACUUUUUGCUUGAUAGUAAAUCCAUGAGUCUAAAGUUUGAGCAUCUCUCGCUCCUGCUACAAAGAACAGACAUUGAGUUUUAUAAGUAUCUUGUGGAUAUUGGGGCUGAGGAUAUGUUCUUUUGUUACCGAUGGUUAUUACUUGAUCUUAAAAGAGAGUUUCAGUUUUCAGACAGUCUGAGUGUGAUGGAAGUUAUAUGGAGUACUACCUCAUUAUCUUCUCAAAGUAUCUCAAAAGAAUCUUACAAUUCAAUCACCAAAACUACAAAGAAGGAAGGUCCAUACUUUAAAACAAGGUCUGACAGUCCCUUGUGUGAAAUUGCUUUGGAAACUGAAGAUGAGGAAGAUGACGACAGCGAAGAGUCAUUUGCAAUGCUCAGCAAUGACAGCAACGCACUUGACACCUCAGAGACCAACUUAAUCCAAAUUCCAGACCCAUGUGAACUAGGAGAUGGCAAUCCAUUUGCAUUGUUCGUGUGCCUUGCAAUGCUCUUGCUGCAUAAGGAUCACUGCAUUCAGAARCAAAUGGACUACAAUGCUCUUGCAAUGUACUUUGACAAAUUGCUACGCAAGCAUGACAGGAUAAAAACACUUGCAAAAGCCAGAGUUUUAUACAUGGAGUAUCUGCAGCUCUUUAGCACAGCCGUAAAGCAAGAUGAGUGCUCUGAAGUCAAGGAAGAUGUGCCAAGCAAUCUAAGCUGGCUUGAUGACAAGCUGCUAGAUAUUAAAUCAACACAAUUGGGUCAAUGUAUUGAAUGUUAAUUAUAGUAAAUUAUUUUGACUAUAAUUAUAUUAACUAAUAAUUUUUCUAGAAUAGUUUAUUGUUGUCAUUAAAAUGAGAAAAAAGAAAGAGUUCKCUAUACUACCUUAACUUAAAGAGUUAUACAAGAACAACCCAUACUCAUGAAUGCAGUCCUGUGGAGACAUAGACAACCAACUACUUAGAGGGUGGGCACCAAAUUUUGACAUAUUAUUUAUAUACAAUUAACUGCCAAUAUUCUGUUGCUCAGCAAAACUAGUUUUGCUUUGCCUGUAUGAAAUACUGGUACUCUAAUAUGGAGAAUGACUGUAUAUGCCAGAAUUCUUAUAUAAUGAUUUAGAAUUAAUUGAUCAUAUAUUUUGAUAGUUGAUAAAUCAAGAAAGUCAUAACAAUUCGGGAUGACUGAGAUGUACAAUAAUAUGGUUGUUAUUGAGUUGCAGUGAAAAGAAGAGGCAAAUUUACAAUAUAUAUUUUGAAUAUUAUGACAAGGAGAUUUGAAAUAGAAAUGACAAAAUAGCAAUAACAAAAGUACAAGAAAAUUAUUKAAUAUUUUAAUAAUUAUAAUUAUUAAAAUCACCAAAAUUGAAAAAUGACUUUGAGUAAAAACAUAUAUUUUCACUACAUUGCUAAGAUGCUGAUGAAAGAUUUGAAAUAUUUUCGGCUGUGGUCAUUUACUCAACGCUAUUGUUCAUUUUCCAAAUGUAUUAAAUCCAAAUUGCUCCCCUGCAAUGUCAACAAGCUAUACAUACAAUCUAUUUUUACAUGUGACUAUUUAUUGUUAACACCUUUGUUUUGUAACAUUAUGAAAUAAACUUUGGAAUAUUAAAGUUGUAGUCCAAAACUAG